UGGUCCUUCAUUUCAUUGGCAUUUGCAGAAUACGAUUCCAAUUAAGAGGGUAUUUACACGCUAUAUUUGUGUCAAGUCAGUCAUAAAUACUUGGGUUCGUUUACUUUUGAUAAAUUCCAAAGGUGUCCUUGACAACCAAGGCCCUACGCUCCCACCUUAAAGCAGAUCUACUUAAACACAAAAUUAUUCUACGAGAAACACGUAGAGAAGAGAUAUGAUAUGCUCAUAAUGAUCUACUGCUUAACUCAUUUUGAAAAUAUCUAUGCAAAAAGGAAAGCAAGUUCAAUUAUCCUCUCUGUUAUGCUCAAACCAUAGAGAAAAUGAGGGGACCAAGAAGUUCACGUGCAAAUCCUGAUUUAGGUAAGAACUUUGACUACAAUAUGGAAAUACUGGAAACUGGACCAUUGGAUGCUUCAAAGGAAUUUUAUGGUGCUAGAAAUAAUGUCAAACCAAAAGUAUUUGAAGAACCCGUGUGUCAACAAGCCCUUCAGAAUCAUCUUCCAAUUAAAAAGAACAAGCCUGCACAGCAAAAAUAUCUUGAGGAUCCAAUGGUUCCUCUGGUUGUCUCUCCAGGUUAUAUUUUAUCUAAGAAUAAAUCAAAGUAUCAUGCAAUGAUAAAAACUGGAGAAUUUUUUAAUCCAAUACAAGCAGAAGAUACUGAAGAGAACAAGGAACCUGAGAAUCCUGAAAGAGACAUCCUCCUGGAGAAGCUACAUCAACAGAUUGCAGAUUUAAAGCUUUUCCUUGAGGAAGAACGAUACAAACACAUGCAAAGCAAAGUAAAGGCAGAGCAAUUUCUCAAUGACACAGUCAAAGAACUGCAGACACAACAUCAGGAUGAAAUCAGUAAAAUUGAAGAAGAGCACACCAGAGUUAUCAAAGAAAUUGAAGAGAACCACAGAAACCAGUUUGAAAAUUGCAAACAGGAAAUGGAGUCUCAAAUAGAAAGCUUGAAAGAACGUAAUUCCUCUCUCCAGAGUGCUUUCAAUUCAUACCAAGCUACUCUUCUAGAAGAAAUGGAAAAGGAAUGGUCUUAUAAGCAGCAAGAGCUCUAUAAGAAGUUAGAGGCAGAAUAUCAAGAGCAAAUCAAUGCUUUGCGAGAACGCCUUGAAAAUGAGAAGGAGUCAGAAAUCGAUAAUUUGAUGAAAGAACAUCGUGAGCAAGAGGAGCAACUGAAAAAGGAACAUGGUGAAAAACUUGAGUCAAUGGCGCAAUACUAUUACAAUGUGAUGGAAGAAUUAAAAGAAAUGAAUUCUCUGAAACAUAAACUUAAAAAUACGCAGAUGGAACUUGAAUUCUUAAAGGAUUCUCAUGCUGACCUUCAAAAGCAUUUUAACAAGAUGAAUAAGGAAUUUACCAAUACUCGAGGACAGUUGAAAGCUUUUGAAGAUAAUUUUGACAAAAAAGUUGAUGAAGUUGAUGACCAUUAUAAGCUGAAAAUCAAUAACCUCUUGAUGAUGAAUUCAGAGCUUCGGAAAACAUUUCGGAAGAAAUGUGAAGAAUUAGCAACUGAGAAAUACUGUGCAAGCCAACGCCAGGAAGUUAAUAUUAAAAAGAUCAAGGACACAAUAGAGAGUUGCCGACAGAAGAAAACAGAGAUUCCCAACAUUCCUGGUUUCCAAAUUCCAUCUCAAUCAGCCGACAAAGAAGUUGCUGUUGAAACUACAACAGACUCUGCAAAAGACUACCAUCAAUUACUAGACAAAGAUUUCUUCAAAUGUACUGACAUAGUUAAAUCGCUUAAUUAAUUUAUUGCUUGGUUAAUCUUCUGACUAUGUUAAUUUCAACAAUACUAUUCACUUAACACUUUUUUUUUUUUCAGUUUUUCCAUGCAAUCAGGAGUGGAUUAAGCCUUUAGAUUUCAGAUUAUUCUGUCAGUUUUGAAUUAAUCAUGUAUUAUCUCCUGGUUUCAAGAUUUUGAUGAUGUUAUUUUUUUGUUUUUAGAAUAACAUUGUAUGGUAGGUGUGAAAUGUUAGGUCUGGCCAGUUUGAACAUAAGUGAGGCAAAAUAUUUUGGCUAGUUUAAAUGCUAAAGGGUUUUCAAAAAUUUACAAAAGAGAAGUUAGUUCCCAUAUCCAUUGUAAAUUUGCAAGAGGUUUUCUCUUGAAGGAUGAUUGUAGGAGGCAACAGAGAGUUGAAAUCAUAUGUAAAGGAUUUCAUUUACUUGAUGCAAAAAUUGCAAAUUGACAGACAUGUUGGCAAGACAGGUAUUAUGAUAAAAUCUCACUUGUAAAUGAUGAAUUGGUUUCUUUCAAAUUUACAUUUUAAGGUUAACAUCAGGAAUAUUUCAAAAUAUAAUGGAAUAUUUACUCUUUGGCCUGGAUUUAGCUUAAAAAUAGCAUAUGUGAUGACCAAUAAUGUAAUGGUCUUCCAACUUUAAGGAAAAAGUGAGGCAGAGGUUUUCUCUUGAAGGACGAUUGUAGGAGGUAACAGAUAGUAAAGGAUUUCAUUUACUUGAUUCUCUGAUGUGCAUUUGUAAGUAAUAAUAAAAAUUUAAACUGCAUGAGUGCCAGAUAACUUCAAAAGUUCAAUAUGUGCAAAUUUUAGUGUUAAGUUUUUGAAAUUCUGGAACAGAAAGAUAAGGAGAUCAGAUAAGUUUAUUUUGGGUUAUAUUUUGAUUAAAGAAUUCAUCAUCAUUAUCAUUUUAAUUUCCAUUUUCUUAUGCUUGCAUGAGUUAGAUGGAGUUGAAUUUGGGUGAAUUUUUUUAUGGCUGGAUGCUCUUCCUGUUACCAACAUUCACCUGUUUCGAAGCAAGGUAAUAUUUCUUCAUGGUCAGACAUGUUCUCAAAGGAUACCGGAAAUGAAUGAUACUGCUUUUAUGACAGUGACUAUCAAUUUACGAUUAUCACAUGAUAUCAAGACAAGGAGAUACAAAUAUACACACACUCACAUACACAUGCAUAUACAAGCUUCUUUCAGUUUUACUCACAAGGCUUUGAUCGGCCCAAGGCUAUAGUAGAAGACACUUACCCGAGGUGCCAUGCAGUGAGACUGAACCUAUAGUCUUGUGGUUGGGAAGUGGACUUCUUACCAUACAACCAUGCCUAGGCCUGUCUGUGAUAGUUGAUAAUUAGUGAGGAUUUUCAAUAACUAGAAAUCAUCAAUAUUUGUUCUAAUAACACUUUUAAUUUUCCAUCUUCUCAAUAUCACACCAAGAUAAUUAUCUACAUUCUCCCCACCUCUGAAAAUUCCUGAUAACAUAUGAAUCCUAUAAUCUUUUCAACUUAUCGAAAGCCAUUUUAUAUUUCACUUGGUCACUUUUACUCUAAUUUUCCUUCUGCAUUUGUAAAUAUAAGUUUCUUACACAACCAAAUGCUUCAAGGUUUGAUCCCCACUGUGGCACGUGUACAUAGAGAUGUACACAUCCACUUCUAAGCUAUUGGUCCAUGUGAAAUUACAGAAGAUAUGUGCAUCUGCAUGUGUGUCUGACUGUGUUUUCUGUAUUCGUGCUUACACUAGCCCAAAAACUGUUGUUGUUUAUUCUUUACAGUUUAUAUCCUGUAACUUAGCAGGUUGACAAAUAGCAACCACUAACAUAGAUACUUGACUGAAAUAAGAACUGAGUCAAUAUAAUCAACUAAAACCAUUUAAAGGGGGCACAGUCAAAUAACUGAAACUAGAAAAAGAAAAAAGUAUUUUUUUAACCUUUUAUACUUUGAAAUAACUUCUGGAAAUAAGAA